CGCGUCUCCCCACUGGCAUCAGUUUUUGACAUCGUUCUCAUGAGCCUCUCAUAACGACUACGAUUCACACAACAAUCACAAUGCAUCAAUUGAGAAUGGUAAUACCAAGGCUACGGCCAACUCAAUUAACCUCUCUCGCCCGCCAAACAACACCUCUCCAAUCCUCAGCCCUUCCCCGAAACUUUCGUCGCUCACUACAAAAGUCUUUACAAGCUCAAGUGAGAUGCUACGCCAAACCUACAGCCAAGAAGCCCAUCAAGAUAGAAGAUGAGCUUAAACGACAAGCUAGAGCUGCUUCUAAAGAUGGCAAGGAAUUUGAACUCCCUGAGAAACUCAUCAUAUAUCAUGCUGGAACAGGCCGCAUCACAUUCAUGGCCAUGCUUAAAAUCACGACGCUCUUCCUCGGCGCAUUCUUCUGCUGUGUCGUAGCACCAAGCUACAUCAAAGCUGAAAAGCCCAAGCUACUCACCGCAGGCGUCGUCCUAUGCGGCAUCAUCCCCGUCAUAUUCGUCACCUACAUAACCUCCCCCUUCGUAACCCACAUCCACAUCCACCUCCCCCCCUACGCCCGAACAUCACGCCCCAUCCUAGAGCGCUUCAUCAAGAACCUCCCUCCCACAACGCCGCUCACCCUAACAACCAUGAGCGCCAUCUCCAAGCCUCGCUACAGCAGCAUGCACGCCGGUGAUCUGAGCCCUGUGCGACGCCGUCUCGGCCUCAUCAAUUACGUCCGUGACACCAAGGAAGAGAACGCGAAGCGCAAGUGGUAUAUGUUCCGUGCCGUCGGCAAGUUCUACGUGCAGGACAAGAGGCCGCAGACGAGGGUCCGGUAUCAGAAGAAGACGGAUAAGGUCGAUGGUUGGAUCUGGGAUGUCAUCAAGGAGCGCAUUGAUAAUAGGGCGUUGAAGGCUGCGUCACCUUAUAAGGGAAAUGUCUCGAUUUGAACCGUUUGUCCGGUUCUGUACUACCAUGUAUGCACGAUAUAUCGGAGAAACGGGAAUGCUCUUCGGUUCGCUCGUUGUUAGUAUUACAAGCCUAGUCUCGUAAAGAAACGGACAGCAUGGCCCAAUGAAUUGAUGAACAGGUAACGCGGGAACCAUUGCUUCGGAGCAACGGGAUAAUCUCCAUGUGGAAGACCAAUAUACAUGAAGUUGACCCGUGCUCUGAUCGGCGUCCAAUGGCAAGUACCUGGUUCAUCAACUCAAGACUUCGUAUCAUGACCCCAGUCAAUUACACACCCCUACAUGUUCGUCACUUCAAUAGCACACAUAUCACCAUUAGAUGAGGAUAGAUCAAUCAAGCUCUCAAACAAUGCGCCCAGUACACGCAACCUUGAUAUUUAUACGUUGCAUAUCAAAUCAAACCAAUCCAGAAGCCAUGACUCCUUUCUGUUUUUCCUUUGUUCCCAAUGCUCCGCCAGAAGCCUUCCAGGUCGUCAAUCACGUAGACAAAUAUUGGUACAUGGAUCCUGCCUGUCCAACCGAAACAAACGCACCUCAUAGUAGGUACGGGCCCUUUCCAUUUGUUGCUUGUGGGCCUAAAUAAUUCUUAACGCCUCCAUCAUGGCUCGUUAUAUGUUCUUGUCAAUCCUGUCAAACCAUCGUGAUCAACCGGUUUCUAUACAAUAAUACAAGCCCUUCCUUCUUCUGGCUGCAUUCAAGUUCUGUCUAUGACGGAACAUGUAAUCAAGGACUGCAACAAGUCUGACAACUUGAUAGGGCCAUGUCCUUAGCAGAUUCGUCAAGAGGAGCUCUGUUGCUGUAACCAAGUCCAGCACAGAGCUCGUUGACAGAUCGCCUUUCGCCUAGUAGGAACCAGCUUCAGGAGUAUUCAUCCUUGAGAGGUGAUAGCUCAAUCAGCAAUAGCAUCCUUUCAUCAGUGUAUAUUCAUCACUGGCCCCAUGCUCGCUUCAACCCACCCUCGUAAACGCUUGCAACCGACUCUUGCCACAUUGCAGGGGUGACAAAGUUUGGCACCGGUGCAGACGAGUACU